AUGUCAUCCGAUAUGGAUCAAAGUGUAUUGACUGUUUCUGUUGAUCCAAAAGUUAACGAUCUCCCAUUUCCACGCUUUGGUCAACCACAAAGGCUUGGCGAGUAUACUGUUACGCGUGAUCGAUGUUUGGUGCCAGGUAGAGAGGAUGCAAAGUAUUUGUAUGAAGCCGCAUUGGCCGAUGGUGGGAGAGUUAAGUUUGAUCUGAACAAGGGAUUUGAUUCUUUUGAGGAAAAAGUAAUAUUUCAAGGUAUUGAAAGUUGUAGUAGCAGUGUUGAUGACUUCUUGUUUUUACAGGAGGGCGACGAAAGGCUCGACAUUCUGUUAGAUUGGGUUAUGUCACAAGCCCCACGCGGUGGCCCUUUGAAAAAGGUGUGUUACGAUGAACUAGAAGAGUUGUCCGAUAAUUGUAGAGCUCAGGUGCUUCAUGAGGCUGACUUUCUGUGUUGGCGUGGUCUAUUAACACGAAUAGCUGCCACCCCGUUCUGUCCCAAAGACUCUUGGGAAUUCGCGGCUGCACGAAUAGGUGAUGUGAUUUUCCUUUGCGAAAGGGAAACAGAGGAGACACGGCAAAGGAAGCAGUCCAUGACACAACGAGAGAAAAUGAUGACAUACUGGGGAUUCAAAUUUGAGCAGUACAUGACGGUAGCUGAGAAGGACGUACGUUCUUUGAAGGCAGUUUCUAAGUAG